UUCCUCUACUAUUGCGUUGAAUAUGUCUCUCCCCCAAAACGCUUUCGAUGCGACGGUCCUACACGACUUUUGCCAUAUAGAGGAGUUACCUCACAUCCCCACUUCCAACCAAUGUCAAGCGACGAUCGCUCUGCUCCAGCCCCUUAGAAACACCGACAUCCUCGAAUCAUGUCGGCGAGCCCGGGCGAUCUGCGGCUCCAACUCCGCACCAAAUAGCUGCCGUGACGCUAAACACGAAUUCCUCAAUUUUGAUUCCCCCAGCAAAGCAUGGAGACAGGAAAUGAUGAAGCGUCCCACUUACACGCGGCUGGUCUUCGAUCGGACGCUCCCGCCACGGGGCAUCGAUAAGUCGCCGGAACUUUACUAGAACCACAGAAUGCCAGAGAAGGUCAGUCUUGCUAUUAGGGACAGUGACGUUAUUACUCUGGCCAGAACUAUCGCUUUAACUACAGUGAUGCGGGCCAAAGUUGAAAUAGUAUCAUUUGAUGCACUGUUCGACCCGAAGGAAGGGGUGAGUGUUCGGAGUGUGAAGGUAUUGAAGAGCCAGCUUGUUGCUCUC